AUGGUUGAAGUAGAUGAGAGCGUGCAUUUGAAAUCGGUUAUAUUUUCACCUUCGGAAUUAGCAUUAAUUGCACCUGACAUCACAUUAUCGAAAUAUCUCGAGGCAGGGUAUCGUCCUUCUUUGCGCCGGUUCAACGAGUUUAGGCCUGUUGCCAUUUCCACUGCAGGGAUAUCUAGGUAUGACAAGAAUGCAGAAACGGGUCAAUUGAAUGAACUGACCACUGUUAUUGGAUCGUCUUCUGUGAAAUGUGGCGGAACAUCAACGAUAUGUACCAUCAGUGCAGGAAUAGUUGAAGACGAUUUUGAGGCGGUAAAUGACUACAGGAUGAGGCUUGACGCCGACAUCAUAGUUGGAGACGAGAAGGAAGAAGAGGUGGAGAACGUUUUGGGAGGUGAUUUAAUCAAUGAGAACGGAUCAGUAUAUCCUGUCGUGGAGAUCGCCAAAGGUGUGAGCGGGCCACCAGGCGAGGAGGAAAUUGGGCUCGGAGAAAAGCUUUACGAGUCGAUAUUGCAUUCAGGACUCAUUGACAGAAAGGCUUUGAGGGUCAAUGUUGGGUUGAAGAGCGUGGACGAGAACGGACAGGAGGUGACGCUUAGGGGCGACGACGUCGGGAUGAUCCAAAAAAAUUUCAGUUUUGUCAUCUACGCACGGAUCCAGGUGUUUGGAAGAACAGGUCCGCUGUUUGACCAAUGCUACGCCUCGUUGGUAAAGGCGUUAAUGGAUACCAAGCUUCCAGACGUGUAUUUAAAUGAGAGGGAAAGUACAUUGAGAACAAGGAGUGGAAAGCAGAAUGCCAACAUAAACGUCCAGAGCUAUGACUUGGUUUGCGAUCCUAUACAAUACAAGGAGUUGGUGCUCCGGAGUGACCGGAUCUGCUGGUCGAGCACGUUUGGAAUAAUCGAUCAUACUCCUGUUUCGGCCAUGGCAACGAGCGGUAACGAUGGUGACGUUAGCAUGGAUUGUGGUGCUUCUAAGCGGGAGGUAGUGCUCACCGACUUGGAAGGGGAGGCAGAGGACAACAUCUCAAAAAGAGUGUGUGCGCUCAGCAACGGAGAGGGCCGAUUUGCCAGCGUGACGAUUGAGAGAGGCGAAGGCUCCAGAAUCACUGCUGAGACGAUACGGGAAGCGUUACGGUUGUCGCAGGUGAGAGCCCAAGACAUGAUUGGAAAGUUGUGA